CAUCUACACUCAUCACACGCUUAAAAGAAGCUUCACAAAAAUGGCUUCUUUUCUCUCUGCCUUCCUCACAACCUCAUUUCUCCUACUCACACUCUCCCACGCCUACGAUAUUCUCACCCUCGUCAACAACUGCCCAUUCACCGUCUGGCCCGCGAUCCAGCCCAACGCCGGCCACCCUGUCCUCGAGCGAGGCGGGUUUGCUCUCCACUCCCUAACCCACCACUCCUUCCCGGCGCCGACCCAACACUGGUCCGGCCGAAUCUGGGCCCGAACCGGCUGCACCUACGCCAACAACCAGUUCACCUGCGCCACCGGUGACUGCGGCGGUAGAAUCGAGUGCAACGGUGCUGGCGGCAAACCUCCGGCGACUCUAGCCCAGUUCAGCCUCCACCACGGCCAUAAUGCCGCCUCAUCCUCGUACGGCGUCAGUCUUGUCGACGGUUAUAACGUUGGAAUGACCAUUACUCCCCACGAGGGAAGAGGAGUGUGCCCCGUCGUGGGUUGCCGUGCCGAUCUGCUCGCCACGUGUCCCGAACCGCUGAAGCUAAAGUCACACACGGGUCAUGUGGUUGGGUGCAAGAGUGCCUGUGAGGCUUUCAACACGGACGAGUUUUGCUGUAGAAACCAUUACAAUAGCCCCCAGACGUGUAGGGCUUCGCACUAUUCUCAGUUCUUCAAGCAUGCUUGUCCCGCCACGUUUACUUACGCCCACGAUAGCCCUUCGCUCAUGCACGACUGCUCUUCGCCACGUGAGCUUAAGGUCAUAUUCUGUCACUAAGGAGAGUAGAGGACAAUGUGCUUGGUUGUCCAAACUCCUCCAAACCCUUUAUUCUAUUAGAAUAAAAAAUAGAAAAUAAUUAAAAAGAAUUUGGAAAUUGGUUCAAGUUUGUAGUUUUAUGGUUUGGUUUUUCUUGGGGUUUUAGGAAUGUGUAUGGGAAAUGAAACUUGUGUAAUGUUCGGUCAUGCAUGGAUAAAUGUAAUUGCUCUUUCCCUUUUCCUUA